AAUAUCUCCUCCCCCAAUGGUGACUAUUGCUUGAACGUAAGGAAGGGGCGCUUACUUGUACUGGUAAAGUUGUGAAUGUAAGGAUUGAGGGUCAAGGAGCAGAGAAAGGCAGGAAUGGGUUCGAUUCCUUUUUUGUACUUGAGAAAAGGGGGACCUAUAGGCACCGUUUGUAUGAUUGUAAUAUCCUCCUUUUGCCUCGCUACCAAGUCAAAACCGAUACAUCGGAGACGAGAAGUAACCCUGUUAAUUACCGUGUUUUGGGUCUUUGGGUCCUUCGACGUGGUCGUAGUGACAUGGCAUUACAGGUAUACCGGGCCAGUCCGUUUUGUAUGAUUUCCAAUAAGGACGUAGUUGGACGAAAAUAUACGGAGCGCGUUUUGCUGCCGGGGAAAUGGAUACCGUACUCGCUCAUUUUCUCU